CAUCAGAUCUUGAAGAGCCCUUAUCGAAGUGUGGAUUUUGAUUCAUCUCACCUGCAGCAAUCGGCUAUUCAGGAUUUGAUAUGUGACCAUUCCCUAGCUCCAGGGUGGUACCGUUUUAUGAUUUUUGAUAAGCCUGCUGAGAUGCCAACCAAAUGUGUCGAGGUGAACCACUGUGGUACCCAGGCUCCUGUGUGGCUGUCCCUGCGGGAGGCAGAAUCCCUGCCUCGGCCUGGUGAGAUGAAGCAGUUAACAGCGUGUGCCACGUGGCAGUUCUUCUUCAGCACUUCCAGGGACUGCUGCCUUUUCCGAAUCCCUGUCAGYGUGAGAAACUGUGGAGAUUUCUUUGUUUACCUGCUGCAACCCACCCAAGGCUGCAUGGGCUAUUGCGCUGAAGACUACAUGUCAAUGUUGYUUCAUCCAGAAAUAUUUUUACAUGGACUAAGAAGCACAAACUAYACUUUUGUUCCACUAGGUAGGCUGGCUCCUUCAUCACCCACAUCUGUGUCACCACCAUCACCAGCUACCCCUGAAGUUACAGCAGAGUUGAUCAAAGGCAGCAUAUACCUGAGAUGCACCUUUGGCUUUCCUUUUGCAAACAGCUCCGUUGGAUUUAUUGUGGCUUGGUCCAGACUUUCUCCUGAGGGCGUCAAAGAGGAAUUGAAACGUGAGACAGCAGUUCAUACAUUCUCACUUUUAGAACUAGAUGGCAUAAACCUCAAACUUGGAGACCGAGUUUACUGUAGCAGUUCUACUUUUCUCUUGGAGAAACCAGAUAUACAAAGCUCUCCUGUUGAGAGUGAGGAGUUUUUUGCUGGCAUAAAGGUAUAUCCAGAAGUUUAUAGUAUAUCAGAGGAUGGAAAGGAAUACAGACUGGCAAUAGAAAGUAGAAUUCCUAUUCCUUGUCCUGAAUUUGGACAACUUGAAAAUGAUUGUAAAAUCUCACUGACAUUAAAUACUGUUGACCAAGGUAAAGAASAGUUAGGUUUAAACUUGGCCCUUUCUUCUUGUCAUGUGGAUCUUCUCCAGAAACCCUGCAAUAAUGGAAUUUGUAGUCAAGCUGUAAAUUAUUUCACUGCUGUAACAGACUUUAUGCAGGAUGGAGACAGGAUUACCAGGAUUGUGGUGGAACCUAUAUCCAGUGAUAAUUUCCUGUGGAAUGGCUAUGCUCCAGAAAGCAUUCAGAUCACCRUUAAGGAUCUACCUACUGCUUACUGCUACUCAUUUACUGACCCUCAUAUAAUUACAUUUGAUGGAAGACUCUACGACAAUUUUGAAACAGGAACUUUUGUUCUCUCUAAGAGCACAUCUCGAGACUUUGAGGUCCAUGUUCGGCAGUGGGACUGUGGAAGUCUUCACUCUGCAGCCUCCUGUAACUGUGGCUUUGUCGCCAAAGAAGGAAGGGAUGUCAUUGCGUUUGACAUGUGCAGUGGUCAGCUGCACGAGUCACAGCCACACUUGUCUGUAAUAAGCAGAGACACAACWGGAAACAAUGUCAGGAUCAUUGAGUCCUACCUCGGAAGAAAAGUAACAGUUUGGUUUUCUUCUGGAGCUUUCGUUCGUGCUGAUGUGAGUGAAUGGGGAAUGAGCAUAACGCUUAGGGCACCCAGCUCAGAUUACAAAAAUACAGUGGGACUCUGUGGCACCUUUGAUGGAAUUGCAGAGAAUGACUAUCACACUGCAAGUGGGAUGGAAAUCCCAAACAGUUCUAAUGUUCCUUUUUCUUUUAUUAACGAAUGGAGAAUUUCACCAGGAGAAAGCUUGUUUGAUCAGACGCCUGCUUCUUUAACAUCAUCUACAAAAAGAGCCUUCUGUGACUGCACACUUAAAGAUGCUGGACUGCAUCAAUCACAGAAUAAACCAGAGUCAGUUUCUAAAUUUCAUCUCUCUUGCAGAGAAAGUGGAAAUGGUAGAUUUCCUUCUUUGAUACCAGGGCUGGAUGUCACCACUGAGUAUCUCAGUCCUAUCGAUCUUGUCAGAAGCUUAAAGAAACGGUCGCCUGCACAUGAAAYGGAUGCUUCUUCUCCUCUCCAUAAAUAUGAUCGCUCUGAUAAACAAGCCAAACUUCACAAAAUACUGCUGGUAAACACAAGUUCAGUAGAAAAUUCUAUGAUAGAAAGAGAAGGUACUUCAAGCUCAGGAAUUCAAAGAAAUCCCCACAAUUAUAGGACUCAUCUUCUCAAAGGCAAAUCUGGUACAARCAGAGGGAAGCGGCAAAGUUAUUAUGGAUAUCAUCCAGUGUUUCCAUUCCAAAGUCUUAGCCAAGCAGACCUGGAAGGCUAUAGCUAUUUUUUUCCAGAGGACCAUGCUGCUGGUCAGCACCAAAAGUUUCUUCCUUCCUGGCCCACCCCUUCAGGCCUGACUGAGUCUAAUGCUUGGGGACUGUGCCAAGAGGCCCUAGUGAAUUCCAGUAUAGGGAGAUCUUGUGGUGGCCUUCUUGGCAAGCGAGUGGAAGAUGCAGUAGAUAUGUGUGUUAAAGAUUUGCUGCUGAAAGAUGACCUCAGCUGGGCAGAAGCCUUCUUACCUCUUCUGGAGAAUGAAUGUGAGAAGAGAGUUUUAGAAGAAAUAAAUUACAACCAACAGGAAUUUCCAAGGUGGGUCGAGGACCUGCUUGCUGCAUUAAGAUGUCCCAGUCUCUGCAGCGGUAAUGGAGGAUGUAUGGAAUGGGGUUGUGCAUGUUUUCAAGGCUAUAGCUCUUAUGACUGCAGCGUUCUGUCUGACCAGGUUCCAGAAAUUACCGAGCUGGAGCAUGCCGGGCUGUGCGAUAUUCGGCAGUACGACUGCACAUCAGUGAGAGCUUUUGGACAUGGCUUCAGGGAGUCAUCAAGCCUGAAAUGUGAAAUUAGCAAAUUACAGCAUAAUGAUAGUCACUGGCUUCUUGGAGAACCUCUGAUUAUGCCGGCUGUCUUCCAAAGUGCAGGGGUUGCCGACUGUCCACUGCCAAGUGAUGGCCAACAGUCCCAUGUCAUGGAUCUUGUUGAUGAUAAACCUCAUGCCAGGUGGCAAAUAAAGAUUUCUAACGAUGGAUUUAUUUAUAGCAACGCUAAAACAGUGAUAUUAUAUGAUGGAGCCUGUCAAACAUGUGAACCACAGGAAUCAGGUUUAUGUACAUUAAAGGAGAAAACAUGCAACAUAGAUGGACUCUGUUAUGGUGAAGGUGAUACAAAUCCAAGCAGCCCUUGUUUACUCUGCAGACCUGACAUAUCUAAGUUAACUUGGUCAGUUGUUGAAGACAACCAACCUCCACUACUUCAAACUUUUCAGGGUACACUACAGACUUUCUAUGGAGAAAACUUUGUAUAUCAAUUUUUGGCCUUGGAUCCAGAGGGCUCUGCUAUUCUUUUUACACUGGAAUCUGGUCCUGAGGGUGCCAGUCUUUCCCCAUCGGGUCUCCUUUUAUGGAAAGUGAUGUUAAACAAUUCCCAUAAAUUAACAUUUUCUUUGACAGACGACUGCAAUGCAGAGACAAAAGUAGAAAUAGAGGUCAGUGUAAAAUCGUGUGAUUGCCUAAAUAAUGGCUCUUGUGUGACCAAUGUUAAUUUUCCCCCUGGAAGUGGAAGAUACCUUUGUGCAUGUGCAGCUGGCUUUGAGGGUGAUCUCUGCCAAGUGAAUACUGAUGAAUGUCAACCUAACCAGUGUGGUGCUGGCAGAUGUGUCGAUGCCAUAAACAGCUAUUACUGUGAAUGUCCACCAGAACUUCAAGGUAAAAAUUGCCAAGAUGAUGUAGAUGAAUGUGAAUCCAGACCCUGCUUCCCUGGAGUAUCUUGCUUUAAUACUUUUGGUUCUUACCAUUGUGGUCCUUGCCCAGCUAAUCUGCGAGGAGAUGGGAAGUCCUGUUAUGAUGUUGCCCAGAGACUUAUUCCUACAGAAGUGGCCAGUAGCAGAGCUCCACCAGCCUCCACAAAAGCAACAGUCSCUGUCUGGAAGGCAUUUAAUUCUCAGAUUGCUUUGGUGCAACCUGCUGCUCGUGGAAACGUUGGGGGCGCACUCGGCAGCAGUCACCUCGCUAACAUGGAGGAGGUCUCCUCAGUAAGCCCUGUGGUGGCGGCGGUGGCAGGGAACCGAACUGUGUCACCUGAGGAGAAGACAAGGACACAAGCUGAGAUCCACAGCUAUUCUGAGACUAACAGGAGGGCUUCUGUCAGCAAUAGAAUCACAAUAAGCAGAGGGCCACCUUUGCCCAGCAAAGUGCUCAGAGGAGGGAGUGCUCGCAGAGUCCAGCAGCUGUUAGCCAAGCAUAAAGCAAGCCCUUUGCCAACUGUUCUGGUCAAAGUCACUGUCCCACCAAAACCAGUACGGGUAACAKCAGGUGAAAUAGUGAUGCCUAAAGCAGGAACCUGUUUCCAUAUGCCCUGCUUUCCUGGAGUACCUUGUGAACCAAGUCAGGAUGGACGUGUCAAAUGUGGCCCUUGUCCUUAUGGCUAUUAUGGAGAUGGUAUUACUUGCAGAGCAAUAUGUAGGCAAAUAUGUGGUAAAAAUAUGGAGUGUGUGGCCCCCAGUAUUUGCAAAUGCAAGCCUGGUUACUCUGGUUAUAGCUGUCAGACUGCCCUAUGCAAACCUUACUGUAAAAACCAUGGGAAGUGCAUUAAGCCAAAUGUCUGUGAAUGUCUAGCGGGAUACAGUGGCUCCACCUGUGAGGAAGCAUAUUGUAAACCACCCUGUCAAAAUGGAGGCACGUGCCUGGCCAGAAAUCGCUGCACCUGCCCGUACGGUUUUGUGGGACCAAGAUGUGAUACAAUGGUUUGCAGCAGGCACUGUGAGAACGGAGGUGAAUGCCUGACUCCAGACGUGUGCCGGUGCCGAGCAGGGUGGUUCGGGCCUACGUGCAGUACAGCGCUAUGUGACCCUGUGUGCCUCAAUGGAGGUUCCUGUACUAAGCCAGAUGUUUGCCUCUGUCCACAUGGAUUCUUUGGUGCCCAGUGUCAGAAUGCUGUCUGCAGCCCGCCCUGUAAGAACGGUGGUCAUUGCAUGAGGAACAAUGUUUGUACUUGUCCCGCUGGGCACACAGGCAGAAGAUGUGAAAAAAGUGUGUGCGAACCAAGGUGCAUGAAUGGAGGACGGUGUGUAGGGCCAAAUGUUUGCUCUUGUCCUUCAGGAUGGAGAGGGAAAAGGUGUAACACACCCAUCUGUCUUCAGGAAUGUAGGAACGGUGGGGAAUGUAUUGGACCAAAUACGUGUCAUUGCACUCCACAGUGGGAAGGAAUCUGGUGUCAAACACCUGUGUGCAAUCAGAAGUGUCUGUUUGGAGGCCAGUGUGUGUUGCCUAACGUAUGCUCUUGUCGUCCUGGUUACACUGGAGUACUCUGCGCGAAGAAGAUUCAGGUACAAAGACAUCAUGGUUGA